AUGAAUACAAGUACUUCUACAUCUUCGAAUUUAUUUGACAUUAAUAUAAACGAUAUUCUUGAUGAUGAACUUAAUUUAAAUUUUGAUGAAAGUAAUCCAAUAUUAACAAAUGAGGACACAAAUAUUGAAAAUGAAUUUCUUGCUUUUUUUGAUGAUGUUGGAGGACCUGAAAUGGCACCAUCUCCUAUUACUCAUCAUGAUAUUGAAUCGGAUAGUACAAUUGAAAGUGACUCUAAUUUUGAAGAGCAUUUAAAAGAAGAUUAUGAAGAAACAGAUGUCACCAAUUAUGAAAUAGUGGAUAAUACAGAUGAUAAUAAAAUAAUCGCUACAACUGAAAUUUUAGCCGAAAAUAAAAAAAAAGAUUUUCAUAAUAUUUGUUCUGUGGCAUUUUUAAAUCCAAUAACAUUAGAAAUUGAAGACUGUAAUAAACCUAGUAUGCGAAGACUUUGGAAUUUAAUUGGAAAUUGGGAAAUAAAUUCAAAUUGUGUAGUUGAGGUUAAUGGAAAUAUUGAAAGGCUUGGAGUAUAUAAAAAUAAACAACCAUCAGAGCGAAUUGUUAUUGCAAGAAAAGAUAAAAUAUGGACUUUAGCUUUAGAACUUGUUAAUUUAUUUGAUAAUUCUAAUAUUACUCAUAAAUUAUUACAAUUUUCACCUGAAUUAAAUCAAAAUGGAUAUAAUUUACUAUUUACUGCAUAUGAAAAAGAAAAAUCUCGCAUGGAAAGCCUUUUAAAACAAGAAGUAUAUCAUACUGAAUCUCGUAAUACAACUGGAAGAAGAGUUCGUGAAGUUAAUAUUUAUACUUAUACGCAAAUACAAGAGAUAUUUACUAAAAAAAUUACUAAAUCCGAAAUUAAAUUAUCAAAACUUAAUCCAACUCCGUUAUAUCAUAAUAGUAAUAAAACUGAUUCUAUUCCGAUAGCAUCACAGAGUAUUUCUAAAGAAG